CUGGAGCCAGGAAAGAGAGGAGGAGAGACGGGAUGCGGCGCUUCCUUGGCCAGUGAGUAUUUCUCUCAAGGAUUUCAGUUUCCUGGUGAUGGGCUUUUCAUGACGUGUAUGCUGAUAGUGUGAGAACAGACUGGAUCUCUGUCAUGGCAGUUUUCCUGCUGGGAGCGGCACUGCUUAUUGUUCAGCCCCAGGUGGUGCCUUCUAGACCACCUUCCAGCACUAAGGCUGAAGCAGCAGCUCAGAAAGAACCAUUUAAGAAAAGUGACUUCAAGGAUGGCAUCCAUCCCAAUGGGACACUCCAGCGACUUCCACAAACAAUCAUCAUUGGCGUUCGGAAAGGUGGAACAAGAGCCUUACUAGAGAUGUUAAGUCUCCAUCCUGAUAUAGCAGCAGCAGAAAGCGAAGUCCACUUCUUUGAUUGGGAAGAACAUUACGGAAAUGGUUUGGAAUGGUAUAUUAACCAAAUGCCAUUCUCUUAUACCCACCAGAUAACAGUGGAAAAAACUCCAGCGUAUUUUACUUCCUCCAGAGUGCCUGAAAGAGUGUAUGGAAUGAAUAAAUUUACCAGAUUACUUCUUAUUUUACGAGACCCAACUGAGAGGGUGUUGUCAGACUACACACAAGUGUUUUUCAAUCACAUGCAAAAAAACAAGCCAUAUCCUUCUAUAGAAGAAUUCCUGGUUAAAGAUGGCAAACUCAAUGUGAAUUACAAGGCAAUAAACAGGAGCUUGUAUUAUGUUCACAUGCAAAACUGGUUGAAGUAUUUUCCUCUGGAUCACAUUCAUGUUGUAGAUGGAGAUAAACUAAUCAAAGAUCCCUUCCCAGAAAUAGUAAAAGUAGAAGAGUUUUUAAAGCUGACUCCUCAGAUUAAUGCUUCAAACUUUUACUUCAAUAAAACAAAAGGCUUUUACUGCCUAAGAGACAGUGGAAGGGAUCGAUGUUUACAUGAGUCGAAAGGAAGAACACACCCCAAAGUAGAUCCAAUUUUACUUGAAAAGCUACGCAAAUACUUUCGUGAACCUAAUCAGAAAUUCUUUGAACUUGUUGGCAAAACAUUUGACUGGCACUGAAUAUGGGGACAAGUUACAGAGAGACCUAUGAGGGCCUAAAACAUUUCAGUGCGCGCUUAGAAAAGGAGGGCAUUCAAACUAUAAUUUAUUUAUAAAAUCCAUAAAUUACUUCUGUACAAUAUUAAGAGUCAUGACUGCCAUAUAAGCUAGUAAUAUUUUUCUAUUUGUUAAAUUAAAACCUUUUGUAAUGUUUUUCAUAGUUGUUAAUACUGUAUUAUGUCUAUAUAUAAAAUAAUAUUUCAUGGGA